GAAGAGCGCCCUCCAUUGACGAGAACUGGACAAACACGAGUCCUAAGCAAGAUGAGCGACCUUAAAAUCGCCAAGAGAAAUCUGUCCGAUGCAAUCGGCGAUAACAUCAAACAGUACUGGUCCAACAUGAAGUUGUGGUACAGACAAAAAAUAACAAAAGAAGAAUUUGAUUUAGAAGCCCGCCGUCUUCUAAAUGAUGAAAACGUUCAUUUGCACAAUGAGUUUCUGGUGACAGUAUUGACAAGAUGUCAAGUGCUUAGUUCAGAAUCAUCAGCAGAGGCGGCCAAGGUCAAGAGCAGCAAUUUGUCAAGCAGCUCAGACAAGGCCUCCAAGAAGAGCAAACCACCAAAGAAGAAGAAAGUCCUGGUCAGACCCACCUUUGAGAAUCGCUUUGUGCCAUCAGAUCCCAUGCUGAAGGCGCCCGCAGUGGCCAUGCAGGUUGAAGAGUCGUUGGACUUCUGCGCUCGGAGUUUGUUCUUACCAGACGCUGCCAUGCUGCACGGGCGUGUCUUUGUGACGGCGUGGGAGUGGGGCGUCGACAAUGUCUCAGGAGCUACUAUACCCUUGAUAACACACUCAGUGCAGCACAUACUGAAGAACGUGAUCAGUGCUGUCAUUACUCGGCGCAGUGGCUACAGUGUGCGAGACGGCAAAUUCAAACACAACAUGGGUGCCGUUCUGCAACUACCGUCGCUCAGAAGCCAGGCGCGAGACCGGUCUCAUCGUGAGAAAAGUUGUAAUGGCGUCAACAUGGAAACUGCAUCCGGCCAGUACGCAGUCACCAGACCAGACUCAGAGACCAGUGAACAGUGCGCCGUCAUGCAGCAAGCAACGUCUGGUAACCCGCCUCCUCAGAAGCCUGUAUCAGUCUAUGACUUGCUAGAUGCUUUGCAGGUUCAUCGCGGCGUUCUGGAAUCCCACACCGUCAGCUGUACUGCAGUGGAGCGGACCAUCGUCGGACUGUGGCAUCCAGAUCACGACGAAAUACACCAAGAUGAAAUCCAGAGGCAGCAAUUAGCCCAGCAACAAGAUGAGCUGAUGAUAACAUAACAGACGUAGUGUGGUCGGCUAUAUGCUCUGCGCAUGAAGUGUUGAGGGCAAUCUGUCCCCUCAGAUAGAACAGUACCAGUUGUUGGCUAUUGUGAUGUGGGAUAUGACGUUUUUGCCCCGAGGGGGUUAAAAAUGACAUAUCCCACAUCAUAGCAGUCAACGAUUGCUUUGUUAUAUCGUGCAAAUC